AUGGAUGACAUCACUACCAGAACCGCCCGCCUGCUCUCAGCGCCCGACCUCAGCGACGAAGAACGUGCCGAGGUCGCGCAAUUUCUUCUCGAGACUCUACCCGACGAGCAUCCCUGGGAGCAACUUACUGUCAACAUGGCCAACUCCUCUGUAGCUUCGCUCGAUCUUCCCAUUCGUGGCGCCUCGUCCGCUUCGUCGGGUGCAGGUUCCUAUACCGGCACCAACGGAGCGAGCAACAAUCCUACCUACGCCUCGCCUCUCCCCGCCGGUCACCAGCAAGACCUCAACUAUCUCUACGAGCAGAUCCAAGAGUUGAGCAACCUUCUUAGAGCCAACCGUGCGCGUACCGCGGAGCUCACCAGAAGAGCCGAGCAAGCCGAAGUGAGCACUCAGUACUCCGCAACUCAACAAUUACUGACCCAUGUUCCACAGGCUCAAGCUAGCAACGGCCACCAAACCGAGGACCGUGAGGGAGGUGUCCAGAGUGACCAAGCCCGUAUUCGCGAACUCGAGCGCAAGCUGGCGAAGAAAGAUAUGGUCAUCGAUGCCUACAAGCAUGAGCAACAAGAGAACACCAAUCUCAUCGCCAUGUACGAAGAUGCCAUGGGCAAUACCACCGAGAUGAUCCGCAACUACUGCAACGGCAUCGAGACCCGUUUCUUGGAGCAACGCCGCCACUACAACAAUCUGCUACAGCAAGAGAAGGACGAACACCUCGCCAGCCGUCUGGAGAAAGAUGACAUUUUCGCCAAGUACCUACGAGUCCGCGAGAUGAUUCGUACAGCGAACCGACUGCGUACUGAUGAGUGGUGCGAGGAGUACACGAUCAUUUCAGGACUGCAGGGCCAAGUACGUUGCCUGCGACGUGUGCUGCAGAUGGACCCGGAGAAGCCUGAAGAGGAGGUCGGCUGGCCAUAUCUCAAAGACUUGCCGCUCAAUGACACUGACUCUUAG